AAGAAUGAAGACGGAAUGAAUGGUGCCUACUAGUCAACAAGCAUCACCGGCCAGUGAAUCAGAGCGCAUGCGCAGUGCUUACGCUCUGGAUGCUGCUCAAUAUAGAAAAGCAACCUGCCUGUUCGCAAAGGUAACGUUUCAAAGCAGAAGAAAUGCCUCGAAAUAGCGCAUCCGACAUGCAAGAUGGAAUGUGUAUUGCCAGCCAAAUGACAAAAUGUGCGGACGCCGACGCUUCUCCGCGCUCCGACGGUUUCAUCUUCGGUCCAAAACGCCACUUGCUUAACUGACAUACGAGGAUAGAGACAUAAAUAGUCACUGAUAAAGGAAAACCGAGCGAAUCUGCAAAUAUGAACGGCACGCUGCUUAAAAAGCGAAGGCUGGACUGUGCGUAUGCGGUGCUGUUGUGGCUCCAUCACGCUGUGUGGAUGUGCUGCUCAGCGGCCGAAGACCAUCGCUUCAGCGUUGAGGCGUGGUUACAGAGGUAUGGAUACAUCCACAAGACGCAACCUAACAUGGCUGUCCUGCGAUCAGCCCAAACAAUGCAUUCUGCUAUUGCUGCCAUGCAGCACAAGUAUGGACUAAACAUCACUGGGAGUCUAGACAAGGAGACAAUAGACUGGAUGAAGAAACCCAGAUGUGGGGUACCGGACCUGCUUGGUGGCAUAUCUGGGUCCCGCAGGAAGAAGCGCUAUGCACUAACUGGACAGAAGUGGCAACGCACACACAUCACAUACAGCAUUAAAAACGUCACUCCUAAAGUGGGAGCACGAGAAACGCACGAGGCCAUUCGCCGGGCGUUCGACGUAUGGCAAGGCGUCACACCGCUUCGCUUUGAGGCCGUGCCCUACAGCGCUCUGGAGAGCGGAAAACGUGACGUCGACAUCACCAUCAUCUUCGCCUCUGGUUUCCAUGGUGACAGCUCUCCUUUUGAUGGAGAAGGAGGCUUCCUGGCACACGCUUAUUUCCCAGGGCCGGGCAUAGGGGGCGACACGCACUUUGACUCGGAUGAACCCUGGACUCUGGGCAACCCAAACCAUGAUGGUGAGAGAACGGCAGGUAAUGACCUGUUCCUUGUGGCGGUCCAUGAGCUUGGUCAUGCUUUGGGACUGGAGCAUUCUAAUGACCCUACAGCUAUAAUGGCUCCGUUCUAUCAGUAUAUGGACACUGAAAGCUUCAAACUGCCUCAUGACGAUCUACAGGGCAUCCAGAAAAUAUAUGGUCCUCCAGACAAAAAUCCUCAGCCUACAAGAUUGCUGACGACCGCUACGCCUCCUCGCCUGCACCUACCGACUGACCCUCGAAAGCAUGACCGACAGGGUCGCCCUCAUCGCCCUCCGCAGAAGUCAAAACCAGCCCACCCCAACUCCAAACCCAACAUCUGUGACGGAGGGUUCAACACUUUGGCAAUCCUACGACAGGAGCUGUUCGUCUUCAAGGAUCAGUGGUUCUGGAGGGUGCGAGAUAAUUCUGUGGUGCCUGGAUACCCGAUGCAAAUUAGCUACUUCUGGAGAGGUUUGCCUCCCAAGAUCGAUGCCGUCUACGAAAACAGCGAGGGGAAAUUUGUCUUCUUCAAAGGCAACCGGUUCUGGGUGUUUAAGGAUACAACUCUACAGCCCACAUAUCCUCAGGACAUUUCUCUUUUUGGCAGUGGAAUGCCCACACAGAGCAUUGAAACAGCUGUUUGGUGGGAAGACGUGGCCAAAACCUACUUCUUCAAAGGGGACAGAUACUGGAGGUACAAUGAGGAUAUGAGAACCAUGGACCCUGGAUAUCCAAAACCCAUUACUGUGUGGAAAGGCAUUCCAGACUCUCCACAGGGAGCUUUUGUGGACAAAGAAAAUGGGUUCACGUACUUCUACAAGGGAAAGGAAUAUUGGAAGUUCAACAACCAGAGACUCAGAGUGGAGCCUGGCUACCCAAGGUCCAUCCUGCGUGAUUUUAUGGGCUGCGAUGGCUUACCCGCCGACCCCGACUGGGACUGGAGCCCUCCACAGGAAGAAGAACCGCCACAAUAUGACAAUGAUGACGUUGACAUCGUACUCAAGCUGGAGAGCAGCGGUGGAGCAGAGAAAGCGGUGGCCAUCGCCAUCCCGUGCGUCCUGGCCCUGUGCAUGAUGGUGCUGCUUUACACCGUGUUCCGCUUCAAAAGGAAGGAUACGCAGCGCCACAUACUGUACUGCAAGAGAUCCAUGCAGGAGUGGGUCUGAGAAUUAAAGCUCUCGCUCCUUCUGCUAAAACUAUUUUCCUCUUCAAAAUCCCUUCAAAGGUCAAAAAGUGGCUCAUCUUGAGGUGCUGACUUUAUGUCGGUGACUUUAUGAAGGACGACAUAAUGAACAGCAUGCCGACUUCCUGUUCCCAUUGUCAGUCUCCGUAGAUGGCAAUGU